AACGGCAGACAUUGUUAUUCCAUCUGUCCUGGCCGCUCAUUGUCCAACCUGCCUGCUUCUUGCUCUGGAAGACACUUUGCACGCAUGGAGCCGCCGUGCAGACUUUGGCUCCCGAUUUCAAGCCCGUUUCACCUGUAGCGUUUUUCUCCUCUGCUCAGCGAAGAUUAAAAAUAUGUGGAAAUGAGACCCUCACAUCUUGCUGGCUCCGGUGAGUGAGAUGAGCCCCCACCUUUCUGCUGGCUCAGAUGAGUGGAGCUUUGUGAAAGAGCGCUGCUCCGCCCGGUGUGCUGGAUGUCUUUGACGGAUCCAUGGGCCAGAAGGACCAUGUGGAGGCGGGAACGGGCCACAUCCUGGAUCUGGGGCCGGACCUGGAGUAUCUCCACGUAGCCGGGGCCGACCGGCAGGCUGGCGGCGUCGACGAACCCCCUGCUAUGGAUGAGCAGGGGGAGAGCUUCACCAAAAAGGCUACGCUUGGUUCUCCUCCGGCGACAACGCCAGAGGAGAGCGGCGAGCGUGAUGGAGAGGGGAGGCCGACGCCUGUGGAAGAUGCAGACGGAGGGGAGGUCACGCACACCUUCAGCAAAAACAGCCACCAGCCGCUGUGCCGCACGCCGUGUGUGGAUUUGGGGACAGAAGGACCUCCGGAGUCUCCGUCUGAUCUCUCAGGAGAACCCGAGCAUGAAUCGCCCGAACCCCCAGCCGACCCCACGGCAUCAGAACCAGAACCAGAACCAGAGCCCACGCCGGGAGGGAAGGACUACCAGACCAAGCUGGAGUUUGCCUUAAAACUGGGCUACUCUGAGGUGACCGUGCGUCAGGUGCUGUCCAAGCUGGGGCCCGACACCCUCAUCAACGACAUACUGGGCGAACUGGUCAAACUGGGCACCAAGUCGGACGGCGAGCAGCCAGCGGCAGCCUUGACCUCUACCUCAUCAUCUUCAUCAUCGUCGUCUUGCGGCUGCUCCGAUGUGCCGGAGAGGUCGGACUCGCCGUUACCCUCAGAAUCUCUCUGCGACCAGGACAACCUGCGGCCGAUCGUGGUGGACGGCAGCAACGUGGCCAUGAGCCACGGGAACAAAGAGGUGUUUUCCUGCCAGGGCAUCCAGCUGGCUGUAUACUGGUUCCUGGAGCGUGGCCAUCAGGACAUCACCGUUUUUGUACCUGCUUGGAGGAAAGAGCAGUCCCGCCCCGACGCUCCGAUAACAGACCAGGAGAUCCUGCGGCGGCUGGAGAAGGAAAAGAUCCUGGUUUUCACCCCCUCGCGGCGCGUUCAAGGUCGGCGCGUGGUCUGUUAUGACGAUCGCUUCAUUGUCAAGCUGGCUUAUGAGUCAGACGGCAUCAUCGUCUCCAAUGACAACUACAGAGACCUGGCCAAUGAAAAGCCAGAGUGGAAGAAAUUCAUAGAUGAGCGACUGCUCAUGUAUUCCUUCGUCAAUGACAAAUUCAUGCCUCCAGAUGAUCCUCUUGGACGUCACGGCCCCAGCUUAGACAACUUCCUGAGGAAAAGGCCCAUCAUGCCUGAGCAGAAGAAACAACCCUGUCCAUAUGGAAAGAAGUGCACAUAUGGCCACAAGUGUAAGUACUACCAUCCCGAGAGAGGAGCUCAGCCUCAGCGCGCCGUGGCCGACGAGCUGCGGGCCAGCGCCAAGGGCUGCGUCCCCUCCAAGAACCAGGGGGAUGCUGGAUUGGUGAAGAGCCACAGCGUGCCAGCUGGCACCAUCGAGGCAAAGAACGGCGCCCUAAAAAGGCAGUCGGAUCCCAGCAUCCGAGCUCUGUCGUACAGCGACGCUGAGGAGAAGCUAUUGGCCAAAAGUAGGUUGGAAAGUCAGAAGAGCAACGUAGGAGGGAGCAGCAGCAGCUCCAGUAGUAGCGUUAGCUGCGGCGGGGGUUUAACUAUGGGAGGGCCCCCGUCUGCUUUUAGCCUUCUGCAGGACCAGCAGUCCAGAUCAGGUGGGCAUCUUCCUGCCCCCGCCCAUGAUCUCUACCCGCACUGCGAGUCUCCAGACUUAAGCUACUACUCAGUAACACGGGCCUACUCUGGCCUGAGCCUCUCCUCCCGGCGAAGCCCGGACUGCCGCUACCCCAACGAUCAGGACCUACGGCACGGCUCCAUGGGCUCAGCUGGCUCCGAAUGCGGGAGUGAAAGCAGCGUCAGUUGUGGCAGCAGUGACUCCUAUAGCGACAGAUCCUGUCCCGGAUGCUCCGCCGAUACUUUAAUAGAAGAAAACCUUAUUUUCCAUAACCCCCCCAGUCACCUCUACGCCCAUCAUGUGCCCCCCUCUAACCAUGAGCUGUGCAGCCUUCAUGCUGCGGAUUACCCAAACAUCCAACACAACCACUCCUCUAAUCCAGUUCAUUCCUACCACCUGGGCUCUGCUUGUGGACAGAGCUGCGUUCAUGAGCCGCCGCCAUCAGAGGUACCCCCUAAGCGGCCCCUCUACCCGCUGCCCCCUCACCUCCAACACCAGCCCCUAGCUGCUCGCUCCAGCUGCCCCGGCGACUACCAGUCUCUGCCUCAGUCCAACCGUCAGCCCCCCGGCUCCCCCGUCGGCCGCUGCCUGGCGCCCACGCGAACCGAAAGCGUAUCUGACUCCCGCCUGUACGAACAUCUCUCUGCGUCUCACCAUCACCAUCGACCGAAAGCUCUGCCCAGCUGGGAGACUUACUACAGACAACCGUCGCUGCCGCCGCCGAGGUACGAGCCGUCGGCCUAUCAGAGUCUCCCCGAUACGCAUCAGACAUCUUGGCACCCACCUGGAUGGCCCCAAGAGGGCUACAGCCAGCAUCACUCGUCUCACCCAGCUCUGCACCCGUCCCCCACACGCUACCGAAGCCACCCCCCACCAUCGGCCCUCUCUCCGCACCCGCCUUACCCCCCUCACAGCUCCCAUCUUGUAUUUCCCCCACACCCUCCACCUCCAUACAGGUCACAGCACCCCGAGUCUCCAGUGCACGGCCGCUAUGAAGACGCCAGGGAGAAGGUGUACAUAAACCUUUGCAACAUCUUCCCCUCAGAACUGGUAAGCCGGGUAAUGGCCAGGAGCCCCCACGUCACGGACCCCCAGCAGCUGGCUGCCGCCAUCUUGGCAGAGAAAGCUCAGAGCGGCUACUGAUCAAUGGCCUCCCAUGUGAACAAUCACUCUAAAUAAGUAGUUUGAAUUAAAAACAAAAGAAAAACACAUGAAACUUUAAUGUUAAAGACGUAGGCCAAUUUUUGAAAAACACCUCAAAAGAUAAUCAAUGCCGACUGUAGCAACAAUUGUUUUAAUCUUCAACCAACUCAAAACAUUACUUUUUAAAACACAUUUAUAAAAAGGAAAGGGGGAAAAAAAAAGCAUUUUUACAUCUCUGCCAAAAGGAAACUAUUUGUUUCAAAGGAAACUCAUUAAAGAAAUAGAGUUCCUACACAAGAAGCUAUAUUACCCUAAUCUAAAGCAACACUGUAACAUUUAGCCACUAGGGGUCACUAGAACACUAACUUGGAAGUUAAGUGAGCUGAAAGCAGCUGGAAACGCUGCAGUUUGGCAAAAAUAAACAAAUACUCUGAGAAGUUUGAAAUGUGGACCACUUUUGACAUGCAGAUAAAGACAUCAUGGAGGUAUUUGUUAAAUCCAAGGCUGCAUUCACCCCCUAGAUUAAAUCCUACACCAGAGAACCAAAAUAUGUCAGAUUAGAUUAUGUGUUUUGUUACCCAAAAACAAAUUUAGCCUAGUCACAUGCUCAUUCAGCAACAGAUCCGACCGUCUCAUGCUACAUAGACGCCCGUAGCAUAGAUUUUAUUUAUAUUAUUACUUUUGUGAAAAACAGUUAGUGUUUCUUUUAUUCGGUCAUUUAUUAACUGUGUAUUAAGGUGAGCAGUCAUUUUCAGUCUAACCUGAAAAGCGCUUUUACCUGCAAUAAAGUCAGAUAUCAUGUUUUUAAAUGUUGGAAAAUAAUUUGCUUUUACUAAAUCUGCUGCCCUUUCAGUCUGUUUUGGGGGCUGAAAGAAAGGCAGCGCUUUACUUUUUUAUAUGUAUAAGUUCAGGCUUUUCACAAUUUAACAUACAUUUGUAUUCACAUAGUCACAUUAAGUGGUUGGUUCACAAUUAAAUAGUCACCAUAAAUGUUUUUUUUAAAGAAAUCCUUUGUCCCUCCGCCUGUUACAUCUGAGCAUUAUGGAUUUUGUGAUUUUCUGCUACAGUUCAACCUAAAUUGGUUUAUUCUUACAGUCACUGUGUGCUUUGUGGGUUUCCGUUCCCAUGGUUGUAACGAAAAGAUGGGUGUUCUAAAUGUUGUCGUUUUAUUGAGACGACAGUCUUUUUGGUCAGAGUUGUAUGCCGUAGAGAUGGGUGACCCUGUCCUGUGUACCUUAGUUUUAGUAAGGGACAUCUCUAUCUCUCUCUCUGGGCCCUGAACUUUUGGGUCAACCCUGGUUAUCUGCUUCAGCUCCGACGCUUCAUGGACAGCAACUGUAAAUAUAUUUAACCGUUUCCUCCGCUUUGCUUUCCGGGCAGUAGAGUCUGCCGUCGUCUGGAGCAGAUCCCAGCUGAAUUCACGCUAGACGGAGAAAAAAGAAAAAACCUGUUUGAUACAAAUUGUAUCAUGAACUAAGUCGCUGAUGUUAUAUACAGUACUUGAACUUGUUGAUGCGUGUCUAUCAAACUCUCUUAAUGUAUUGCUAUAUGACAAAGUGCAUCAAUAAUAGCUCUUUUUUUUUUAAAUCCCAAUCUUACAACUUUUUAUUGUUAAAAAUAUCUUUGAGACAAUUAAUUUCAGUAUUUUUUAAGAAAUAGUUGUAGACCUACUAUGUUUAGGUGUCAACUACAUUACCUGUUUUCACCUUAGCUGGCUUAAUUGUAUUAUUGUUAACGCUGGUAAAGAUUUGUAAAAAGAAAGAGGCCCUAUUGAUCAUGGUAUUUUGUCAUGAGUAAAUCAAUAUUUUCUGUUUCCCUGAGAUGGAAACAACUGAAAAUAACUCAUUCCUACAGCAACAGUUAAAAAGUGAAACAGCAACAGAGCUUUUUACACAUCUACACCAGUGUGGGCAAUAAUAGUCAAAGCUGAUUCUAAUAAUUGGGGAAACAUUUGGUGAUCUACAGCCUUAUUUUACUCUGAGGUUGGGGUCACUAGCAUUAUGUCAGGUCUCUUCCAAGUCAUUAUUUCAGUGAACUUAAACCAUUGGGCCGAUAUCCAUGUGGCCAUUUUGAAUUUCUCUUAACACCCAAAUUUCAUGAUUUCCAUCAGUCAUGGCUACAUAUAUAAAAACACACUUUUUACACUUUAAGGACUUUAUGAUUUAGAGUUCCUCUAUAUUUACAACAAACAAGAUGAUUAUUAAGUUCAUUAAAAAAUCCCAAGGAAAAAAAAAAGGAUUGAAACCUAAUCUAUUCCUUAAGCCACAUAAACAGUGGUCCUAGUUGCAUUUAUAAAUUCUUAAAGUAGGCAUUGUUUUUUUUUUAAAUUGCUAAACUGAUUUGGAUUUAUAUAAUUGAUGAGCAAUAGAAA